AUGACCCGAGACUACCAACAAUAUCUGACUGUUUGUGAGUCUGAAGAUAAUGAUAUGACGCGAAUACAUAUCCUUUUCAAUGAAGGUGAAGAGCAGCGACUGCAACGCCUUCUGCAAAGCACACGAAUGAUCAACGAAAGCCACAAAAGUCAAGACGCUGUCCACAGGUCUUUAUUGAUCGAACUUUUGUCUAUGCACGUUUUCGCUCCAUUCGGUCAUUUCGAAUUGGCGGCUGGCCGUGAAGGCCAAGACGAAGCCAAAGCUGCAUAUCGGAGCGCUCAAAUCUGGAGCAAGAGCUGCAAGGCCCGACAGGCAGUUUCACAUGCUGGCCAGGCAGUCCGCUACUUGCGCGAAAUUCCUGUGUCACAGUUCACGGAUUUUCAUGCUAUUAUCACGUACCAGGUAAGCUUAUGCCUGUGGAUUUAUGGAGCAAUCGCCGCCAAUGAUGCUACAUCUUCAGCUCGUGGUAUCCCAUCCAUCAUGUCGCAGCAGUUCGCCCUGGACACAGACGAGACGGCGAAAUCACAGCAAUGGAUCAUUCUUAAUGGAGGUAUCCCUGCCAUCUGCCAAGGUGUCUCGAGAAACGGGGCAGAGGAGGGAAAUCAGAUCCUGCUUUCUUCAACGCAGGAGGUUAUGGUCUGUCUGCAAGAGCUGCUACCGCGCGAGGCUUUGACAGGUCAAAGUCAUGUAUUGAUCUCAUCAGUCUAUGAUCUUAUGUCUGCUCUUAGCACUGUUAGGCCAGGCAUUUUCCUCUCUUAG